CCUUAUACUCAUUCCUACAUGGCCCCGACAGUGCCCCACCAUUUACUACAUACCAGAGCACGCCACUUCGUCACAACAUACCAAAGUGCUUGGGGAUUUAGGACAACAUGGCUUUGCCUCCAUCAAAUGCGUUGGUGCGCCGACGGACCGAUACGGAGUUGAUGCCGCCCCCGCCAAAGCGAAUCAAGCGCCCUCAAAAGGUGCUGGACGAGGAGGCGUAUACCGAAGGCAUUUCCCACAUCAUAGCCAGAGACUUCUUUCCGGGGCUUCUCGAAUCGGAAACACAGUCAGAAUACCUCGAUGCAUUAGAUUCUAAAGACCAGGUUUGGAUCUCGAGUGCAGGGCGCCGACUGGCCCAUGUCAUGACCCCGGGGCGAAAACGAGGGCGAAGAGGAACUUCAAUACAAACAAGAAGCGGGUCGGAGACUCCUAAGGGAUAUGCAGGAGAUACGCCUAUGUCUGUGGUGUCAGAUGUUUCUUCGGCAUCAACGCAGGCAGAUGUGAAGGAAGAAGUCGAUACGAAUAUGAGCUUGGACGCCUUUCAGUCUAAAUACACCAGCGAGGACAACGAAAGUUUCUACAAGCUACUCGAUAAGCAGAACAAAGCUCGGGCCGAGAAAUACGCAUGGAUGUGGAGGGGAAAUAAGCUGCCAUCCAAGCAGAUGCUAAAACAGAACGAGGUGGAGACAAAGCUGUUAACAAGCGGACAGUCCUUGGUCGAUGAUGGAGGCGAAAGGCAACGAUUAGCCAUCCGGGAUGUUUCCGAGAAACCCGCCAUGGUGGACACCUGGAAGUCGAAGCCAGAUAAUAACUUUAUGUUCGGCCCUGAAGGAGUGGAAGACUCGAUCGAGACAGUGGCACAAAGGGCACAGACUACUUCAAAAGCGGCUCCUAAGGGGGUCGUAUAUAACAAUACCCGUAUGCCUGGGCUGGUUACCGUGGACGAAUCCCAAGUCCCGCCGUCUCCGUCACUCUCGGCUAUCCAGGACGCUAUCGCUGGAAGGCCACGCACUACCGACUCCGAGCCAGGCUAUACUGGCAGUGAAACGCCGCGUGUCAACGGGUAUGCGUUUGUGGAUGAGGAUGAACCUGAGCCGGAAGAGCGGACCCAGUCAUCGCCCGCGAUUUUGCUUGGAAAGGGUGAUGCUACGCCAAACCCCUUUAAAAUAAAGGAGCAUAGCAAGAGGGAAGGUUUACACCACAGGAUGGUUGAUCGGGUCGCGAGAAUGAAACGAGCAUCCUCCCAAGCUGGCAUGACGGGAAAGGUUGAUGCGAGUCCAGUGCCGAAGUUUCCGAGCAGUCCACGGGUUGGAAGUGGCGGGCUAACUCCAGCAGCACAGCGCCUUUGGAGUAGAGUAGGGAAGUCGGGGAUGGCCUCUCCAGGCUUUGGGAAUAAGACUCCCGGAACUACUAGGUCUAGGUCGACGAACUUGAAGCCUAAGUGGACUCCAAAGUGAGUGGGGGUCAAGGCAAAUUGUUGAUUAUGAUGGAACGCCUUAUGAAUAUAAAAUGAUAAAAGGAAGGGUGGGGCAGGGGUUACGUUUUCCUGGAGUUAACAUACCCCCCCGGGCAUUGAGUUAGAAUGAUAAUAAUAAUAAUACCAAGAAAUUCUAGACGCCUC